AUUGUUUGAUGGCCACGGACAUUUCCACAGUGGCUGGGAGGGUCGAAAGCUUUUUCCGCUCUUUGUUACAAAUCUUUUUUUUUUCCUUCCUUUUUCCAACUUUUCGUUUAAAGAAUACUGCCAGGGCAUUCCAGCACUAAUUCAGGCUGCGCUCCGGAGAGGAGAACAACAGACAGGUGUAAUUGGGUGGGAAAAAAAGCCCACAAUGCUAGUGAAGGUUUUGCUCAUCUGUAACACAAUAGGACUGGCUAAGCUGGCCCGGCACAUCGACCAUCACGGCUACCACGAUGUUCCGAUGCAUGGCUCAAAUGCACAGAGCCAUCAGACCCCCACAGACUCGGAGAGGGCUCUGCUGCAGGAGGAAGAGGGCUCCUGGGAGGCAGCAGAGCGCCGGGCAGAUGUGCCAGAAUACUCUGUGAGUAUUGCCUACCCACACCAGGGAGAAAGAGAGCAGCUGGAAGCUGUCAGCCCGCCAUCCCAAAAUGGGAACUGGUGUUCUGUCACGCAGUCUCGUCUGGUGACAUACAUUGAGGCCUGCAUGAAGGAGAAAUACAUUGUCAACUCCCAGCAGCCCUGCCCAAACGGAGCUCCAGAUUGCCAGAAGAUCAUGUACAGGACAGCCCUGAAGCCAGUCUAUCAAGUGAAACAGAAGGUUCUGAAGUCUUUGCAGUGGAAGUGCUGCCCUGGAUUUAUUGGGAAGGAUUGUGAACAACGCGAUCCUAAUGUCAUUACAGCACCAAGAAGUCAAACCGAAGGACGGCAAGAAGAAGAGUCCUCAAACCACAUGCCAACACCAGUGGAUUCAAGAGAGCUGUUGGAAGUCAUUCAAAAUCAGGAGGCAUUACUGGAUGAUCUUCAAAGUGAUAUUCAUCAAGCAGUCAGCAACUUAGGUGAUUUACAGCGAAUAUUUGAAAACAACGGUACAAGCAUGGUGUUAGAAGUGAACCAGAGCAAUGAAGAUUUUCAGGAAAGGCUUCUGCGGCAAUUUUUGUUUCCCCACAUGGAGAAUUUUCUAAGGAAACAUUUGAACCCAAUGUGGGCGAGCUUCAACAGAAGCUUACAGAAUCUCUCCAACAUAGUAAGAAACCUGUCCCACGAUGUGGAAACCAACAAGAAAAGCAUAGAAAGAUUCCAAGAGAGCACUGUGCCUAAAAAAGAGUUCCAGGAGCUGGGAACUAAGUUCGAAUCUAAAGUCCAGGAAAACGUAGUGAAAGUUGAUCAAAUAAGAAGAGAGAUAGAGAAUCAAUUGCAAAUGCAGCAGGCUAGUAUUGAGCAUAACCUCACCAUAAUUAGGGCAGAUACUGACACAAGGCUGAAGAAGCAUCACAAGAUACAGCAGUCCCAUCACUUAGCUUUGAACAACAACAUGACAAAUAUGAAACACGAGCAAAACAAUCUUGAAAAUAAAUUUGAGACUUUGAAAAAAAAUUUAACAGAACUCUCCUCGCAUCACAGUCCCAAAGAUGAAACUACACAGUUAGCCAUCAGACAAAUAAAUGACAUGCUGGCAGGGCAUGCAAAACAGCUUAAAGACCUCUACAUGGAGUCAGAUGUGGCCUUUCAGAAUAUUGCAGUUCUAGAGAGAUGGUUUAAGGAGUUGAAAAAAAAUAUCUCAAAGUAUAGGCCUGAAGAUGUUUCAAUAACUUUAAUGGAGAAAUCAGUUCUUAUUGAAGAAAAUAAAGCAGCAGUGGAAAGGCAGAUAUCAGAGAUGAAUGAUACUCUCUCAAAUCUUCAGGAAAACUAUUCAGAUCUGUUGAGAUAUAUGGAGGAAUGUAAUUGCCAGAAGAUACCUUCUGACACCAAUAUACUUGAGGAAGAUUUAAAGAACAUCACUUAUCCCCUUGAGGGCCAACAAUCAAAGGACAUGAAGCAGUUAGAAUCUGUUUUCAAAGACCUCAUGAGGAAUGAGAUGGAAGAGCUCUCCUCAGCCUUUCCAUUUAUCCAUCAGUCCCUUAACCUGCGUCAAGAAGAAAACAGACAGCUUCAGUUGCAAGUUGCAUCUUUUUCAGAAGACAUAGGCCUCUUGAAGAAGAAAGAUGAAGAAAUUUAUAGACACAUCAAGUACCUCAACAGUUCUUUCGGCUCACUUUUAGAAGAUGCCAUGCGGCACGAAGCUGCACUGGAGGCUUUACUGGGAGAAGAGUUUAUGGAAGUCCUAUUUGAGGAAGAUCCCAGUACCCUAAUAUCAUCAGUAGUUCAGCUGCAGGAAUUUCUGAAAGAGAUCUCAAAUAAACUCCAAAACCAAAAUAUGACUUUAGAAUCUCUUGUAAAGAGAUUCCAUCGCUUGGAGAGAGGACAACAGAAUAAUCACAGUGUUCAUGCAUCUUCAAAGCGUCCCAAACAGGAAACUCAGACACUCUCUGUACUGGAUGAAGCUAAUCAGCUCAGCAGUGUAGAACAUAUGGAACCUAAUUAUGAGGCUUCCAAAGAUGACUCCUUGCACAGCUCAAUGUAUAAUGACAUAAUGACUCUGAAGAAUGACAUCAAAUAUCUGAGUCUGGCAAUCAAGAGGCACGAAUCCAGAAAUGACAUGAGUAUCUGCUGCAAUCAUACAAUUGCAAAUGUAGUAGAACCACUUAACACUUCUGUGGAAAUUAUCUCAGGAGAUUUAGAAACAAUUAAAGAGAAGCUGGAAAAACAUCUGCUGAUUUUCAAAAAGCUGUUUGGAAGCGAUGAAGGAUUACUUGCCUCAAAUAUAAGUCUGGAUGUUGCAAAGAUUCAGUCAAUGCUUACCAGAAAAGUGAGAAGGCAAGAGAAAGGCCAAGACAAGCAAAGAGACAAAAAAAAGCCUGAGAAGCAGAGAGAAAAUACACAGAUAGUGAGUGGAAGAAAUAGAGUGCAGACUGAACUGCUGGAAAAAGACUCAUCAGUAGCAUUCCAUGUGGGAUUCUCAGACAGAAAGGAUAAAGAAAAAGCUCUGAAAUUUAACGAAACAUACCUCAAUUAUGGAAGCAGCUAUUUUCCUGAACAUGGCUACUUUAAAGCACCACACAAAGGCGUCUACCUGUUUGUCAUCUCUGUGGAGUUCAGUUCAGGACCAGCACUGGGACAGCUCUCUUUCAGCCGUGGGUACAAAAGAACUCUCUCAAGUAGUCAGAGGAAGACACCAGAUGGAAACACCGUAACUUCUUUUGCUAUGGCAGAAAUGGAAAAGGGAGAGAAAGUGUGCUUUGAAUUGCUGCAGGGCACUGUCAAGAAACGAAGUCCACCUGGGACAACAAUGAGUGGAUUCCUACUAUUUAAAACUUGAACAGUAACACUGUGUUUUACUGAUAUUUUUUCCAUAGAUGCAAUGGAUCAAUUCACUAUUGCUUCAUCUGUGAUGUAUUCAAUCCUACUGCAUGUGUUUAAACAUAGCACUACUCUAGGUUUGUCUUCAUGCUUCUUUUCUGGAAGUGUUUGGCUUUUGAUUAGUUGCUAAUGAGCAGCAGUGUGAUUUUCAAGUGAUGACCUAAUGGUUUGGAUUCCAAACAUAUCAAUGCACAUUCUCAAUUCCUUCCACAGGGAGAACUGCACCUAAUCAGAACAGAUGCUUUGCGGGGCUUUCUUCACUUAAAACUCAUUUCUCUUUUUCUCCUUUCUCAUGAGACCCCAUCUGGAGCACUGCAUUCAGCUCUGGGAACCCUCACAUAAGGAAGACAUGGGUAUCUUGCAGCAUGUCCAGAAGAGGGUCACAGAGAUGAUCAGAGGGCUGGAGCACCUCUCGUAUGAAAAAGGCUGAGAGAAAUGGGGUUGAAGAGAAGGCUCUAGGGAGAUGUCAUAGCCAUAUUCCAGUAUCUAAAGGAGGCCUACAGGAAAUCCACAGAGGGACUCUUUAUGAAGGGGUACAGUGGCAGGACAAGGAGUAACAGCUUUAAACUAAAAGAAGACAGAUGUAAACAACAGGAAGAGAUCGUUUACUCAGAGAGCAGUGAGGCGCCGGAACAGAUUGCCAGGAGAAUCUGUAGACGCCCCAUCCCUGGCAGUGAGGCUGGAUGGGGCUUUGGGCAAUCUGGUCUAGUAUUUGGCAACCCUGUCCACAAAAGGGGGGUUGGAACUAGAUGAUCUUUAAGCUCCCUUCCAACUCAAACCAUUCUAGGAUUCUAUGAAAAAAGAACCCCUCCUGUGACAGAUGUCCCCAUCACCAUCAAGGAAAAACAUUUCAGACUAUAUAUUACCAGUGAUAUUUUUUUUUUAAGUGGUUGCUCAAAAGCAAGAAGCCAAGACAAUUUUACUUCUCUGUUCUCUGUGGACCAGGCAGACUGUCUUGAAAACUUCUACAAUUCACUCUAACUCCACAUUUCAGUCUGUAUGUAACACAAACACUAGGAAAAAAAAAAAAAUAAAUCAAUCAAAUCCAAUAAGAUGCACCCUGUACAGCCUUUGUAAGCAAGGAUCUUAGAAGUGGCUGAGCCUCCCUCCUCCUAGACCUGGUAUAUUUCAACAACACUGCAGAACUUAAUAGUAACAUAACACUGUUAGGAUGUGUUAGAUAUACAUACAUUCCUAAUGUAGACAUGAGGAAUAUGUCAACAAUAGCAAAAAAAAAUAUUGCUGAAAUAUAGUUUAUUUCUAAGGAUAUUCCUGUCAUGAACACAGCCCAGACAGCCCAACGUUUAGUUUAAAAUCAAGUGAGUGAGCAAACUAAAUUAUCAGCAAGUAGACAAGCUCACUGGCCUAAUGUCAUGGUUGAAUAUAAAAUAAAUUUAUAAUUAGAAAAAAGCAAAGAGCAGGAUUUCUGAAUAGUGGACGUCUGAGCUUCAGGAAAAAAAAAACAACAAAAAACAACCAAACCCACAAAAACUCAGAAUGGCCACAUCCUGAAUUUUUCCUGUCAAAUGAAGCAUCUCCAAAGUUGUUCAUUUUGAAGUUCUGUUAUUCUUUGUUUUCCCUAACACAACUUAGAAAACUAUAUAAAAACAAUUCCAUUUGGCAAAAUGAAAUGCAUUUUAAAAUUCCCAAUGCUUUUGAUGAAAGAGAUGAAUUCCUAAGAUGUAUUUUAUGCCCUUUAAAAUAGUGCUUUCUGACAGAAAAAUUUCUGUCAAGAAUUUUCCUCCCCACCUAUUUGUAUUCUGAAUGACACUACACUACAAGAUAAUUAAAAAGCAUUGGUACCAAUACACGCAACACUCAAGACAACAGUUUGGCAAGUAUCUUUUGAGACUACAAAGUGGUUUUAGUUGCUGACUCGCUGAUAAGAUUGUUACUUUCCUUCUGGACAGGCAACAAUGCAAAUAGGUUCUAAAACUAGUAUAAUUAAAUGCCUUCUACUGAUUCAGAAACAAAAAGCCACAGACACAGAUUAAGACACAGAAUUCAGCAUCUCUGGAAAGAGAAAAUGCCACUUCUGACCUAAUUAGCAGGUUAUGUCCUCCUGCCUCCUUCUAGCCAGUAGUCCCAUUCACACGAGACUAACUGGACAAGUCUCCCCAUCCAUCUGGUACAGAGUCAGUCCUUGCACUGCUCUGCAGGAAGCAGCAUUGGAUGCCCAGGAGCUCAGUCAACUUCUGCCCCCGACUGCCAAAAUAUCUGAGGAAGGAAGAGAAGAAAAAUGGCAAGAGGCAAAAUGUCAAAAAAAGGAAUAAAACCAUCAAUUUGUAAGAUUGGGUUCUGUUAGUAAAAUCUAUCACAAGGAGGUGACCCAGACAUUUUUUGACAUUUUAUUUUACCAGUGGCCCAGCUAUGGGCUAUUGCACUGGCAGCAUUCUGCAGCGCAAACAGUGCUGUCUAGGUCAGGAGAGAGUAAGGAGCAGUGCACACUAAUCCUGCAGGUACAACCAAGUGCUAUAGUUAAAUACAUCGAGAGAAUAUGUAUUUAUAUGUUUUCAAAUAGACUUGCUGGCUCUUAAGGCUUUGACAGAAAACUUCAAUUGGAAUGACAAGUACACAGCUACUUGGAAAGAGGCAAGGUAGGUAGUAGCUCAGCAGAAAGGCCUGUAUGUGUGAUCUCCAACCCUAGCAGUUCUCCCAAGUGGGAUUUUUAAAAGUUCGGUACUGCCAUGCUUAACAGAGUUAUUUUUGUUGAAGAAUUAGGCAGACAAAUUCAGAGCUCGACUCCAGAGUGAAUAUAGUGUUAAUAUAAAGACAUUUUCAUAUUCGUAUUCUUUCAAUAUGUUAAGUUAACCACCUGCAUACACAAAGAAGGGAAACUGACUGGAAAACUCGUUUUAACAUUCUGAAGUAAAAACUUUAGGAAGGAAAAUGGAUUCAAGCACUCUAUUGGCAGAAUAAGCCUGGAGGUUUGUCUUCCUUCCUCAGUGAUGAGGUUUUGUUAUUUGUUUUGUUUUUGCUUUAAAUACACACCUAUUAAGCACUAUCACCAACAUGACUCUCAUGUUUAAAAAAUACCUCCCAGCUUCUCUUAGCACUCCCUGAAAAACCUGUAGAAAACCAUCCAAAAAAUUUUGCCAGUAGUCCAAAUCUGCAAAUCAAACCCCAAAGCUAUAAAAAUAUUAAAACAAAAACCCCAUGCCCUGUAUCUUUCAACAUCUUUGCUAAAUUGUUUUGCUACUGAUCUUGACCUGCUUUAUGAACGUACCUUACAGUGCUUUGCGUUUUAAAAUUAAAGUUCCUUAAUUUUUUCCUCA